AUGCGACGAACACAGCCACCGGAACUGGCCGUGACCGGUUUAUCUGAGAAUCUCCAGGGAGGUAUUUCCGGCAUAGUGAAACGAGCUAUUGUGAUCGGAAACGGCUGCGCCGGCGCGGAGAAUCAGUGCAUCGGCCUUGUUCGAUCCUUAGGCCUCUUCAAUCGCCACCUCUAUUAUAGUGUCGCUAGGCCAAGAGGAGGAAUCAGUAGGUGGCUUCAUUGGCUUCCUAUCUUUAUUUACAAGAGGCUUGACCAUUUUAUCAGGAAUAUAUGUGCCGGAUUCUCCAUUAAAGCAAAGGAAUCCGAUUUCUCUGUAGCCAGAAGUUCUGAAAUCACGGAUGUGUUUGAAGUAGCUGAUGCGAAGCAGAUUGCUGCGAUGGCUCGUAGUACGUUUGACAAGAAUGGCCCGUUGUUAGUGGUGGCAUCUGGUCGUGAUACUAUUUCUGUCGCAAGCUCCAUAAGACGUCUAGCUAUGGAAUAUGUUUUUGUUGUUCAGGUGCAACAUCCAAGGUCGCAUCUCGAGAGAUUUGAUCUAGUGAUCACACCUCGUCAUGAUUACUAUUCUCUAACACCUGAAGGGAAGAGGCAAAUUCCUUUCUUUCUCAGGCCAUGGGUAACUCCACGAGUACCUCCAGGUAGAAAUGUGUUUCUCACUACUGGAGCUCUUCAUAAUGUUGACUCUUCUACUCUAAGAACUGCUACUUUGGAAUGGAAGGACGAUUUUGCUUCGCUGUCAAAACCUUUGGUUGUACUUAAUAUUGGAGGACCUACAAGGAACUGUCUGUACGGCGUUGAUCUUGCUAUGCAAUUGUGUGGUAUGCUUCAGCGUGUCCUCUGGAGCUGUGGAAGCCUAAGAAUAUCGUUCUCAAGAAGGACACCAAAGAAGGUUGCAGAAAUCAUAACCAGAGAACUGAGCUCUAACUCCAAGGUCUACAUUUGGGACGGAAAAGACCCUAAUCCGCAUUUGGGGCAUCUAGCUUUGGCUGAUGCUUUUAUCAUAACUGCUGACUCUGUAAGUAUGUUGAGCGAGGCAUGUAGUACCGGGAAACCAGUGUAUGUUGUGGGUGCUGAACGGUGUACAUGGAAAUUCUCUGACUUCCAGAAGACCCUCCAUGAAAGAGGAGCUGUUCGACCUUUAACCGGCAUGGAAAAUAUGUUUGAGAAGUGGAGUUACACUCCUCUAAACGACAAUGCAGAAGCUGCAAAGCGUGUGAUUCAAGAUCUGGCUGAGCGUGGAUGGAAAAUUGAGGCAUGA